GACUCCGUGGGCGGGGACGUCUCCUUCUGGGACUGCGCUGGCGGGCUCGUGGCGAGGCUGAAGAGGCCGGACAGCGGCACGGUCAUGCAGGACAGGGACGGCAACAACGUGGCCGAAGUGCUGACCGAGGCGCUCGAGGCCUCGGAGUCGUGGAGGUUUCGCUCCCGGGUCACGCUCUCGGCGGAGCCGAAGCUCGCCGGAGAGGCGGGAGAGAAGCUGACCACCCUCGUGCAGGACCCCGAGAGCUCCGGCGCGGCCUUCCAGAUCACGGUGGAGAUCUUGGGCAAGGUCGCGG